AUGGGCUUGCAGGAGAAAAUCAACGCCAAUCCGACAGUCUACGCCGUGGCUGCACCCACCCGCAAGCAUUUUGACGUCGAAGAAGCUCUUGACGAAGAUGCCGUCGACCCUUUCGAGGCUGACGAGGUCUUUGAAUUGCUUCGACAUGUCAACGACCCGGAGCACCCGCUGACACUGGAGCAGCUCAAAGUCAUGACGCUCGAGAACAUUCAUGUGGACGACGCCAAUUCGCGCAUCAAAGUGUACUUUACACCCACAAUUCCUCACUGCAGUAUGGCGACGCUCAUUGGACUGUGCCUUCGCGUCAAGCUUCUGCGGUCGAUGCCGCCGCGUUUCAAGGUGGACAUCCUCAUCACACCGGGCACACACUCGUCUGAAGCAGCAGUAAACAAGCAGCUCAAUGAUAAGGAGCGUGUCGCCGCAGCACUGGAGAACUUGCACUUGCUCACGGUAGUAGACAAGUGCAUCGCUGAUACUGACAAGUAA